UGGUCCCUCUGUCCAGGCCCACAGUGUCUCUGCUCCCCCCGUCCUCUGAGCAGCUCUCCGGCGGCUCGGCCCACACUGGCCUGCCUGCUGAGGCGGCUACUCCCCCCAGGGGGCGACAGUGAGCUGGGAGGUGGACGGGGCGGAGGUGAAGGGAGGGGGUCCUGACCACCACAGAAGAAGAGAAGGACGGCCGCUACAGCCGCAGUAGCACAUUGACCCUGAGCAAUGCACUCUGGGAAGAGGGAGAGGUGUACACCUGCUGGGUCACCCAUGACGACACCAGGGAUUCGGCCGCCCUCCGGAGAAGUCACUGUAGUGUCUAGAGACCGGAGAAGCCAUUGUAGGGUUCUAGAGAGUCCCCACGUGGUGCUAGUUCUGGAAACAUUAGUGUUUUAGAGCUGAAUGUUACAGUAUAAUAGUGAAUAAUAACAUUAGUGCUCUGUGCUUAAUGAACUAUUUUGAGAUUAAGUUGUGCAUGUCUUCUUGCCUCUGAGUUCAAAGAAAGCUUGUUUUGAUUAGAAAACAACCCCAAGAGUUCAUUUUAUCAUCAUUCCAGUGAUCACUAUCGCAUGAAUAGGCAGAACAUUUCAGACUAAUUUAGAUCAAUCAGCAUCUUUUUAUAAUUUCAGCAUUGUAGCAUAUACCUAAUCUCAUGUUAUCAAACAUAAUUAAAAGGGCAUCUGAUACAAUAAAUACUCUGCAAUCAUUUCUAGAACUGAAUAAUCCUGUUAUACUGUAGCAUCAAUACCAGUGAUAAUAAAUAGUGAUAUUUGAUAAUAAACCUCUAAGAUCUGUUCCCAAGAACUCACACUGCUAACCUGUAACUUUCCUUAACAUAUAUAUUUAUCAUGUUUAAAUCCUUUUAAGUUUCUUGAAUGGUUUUCUACAAUGUGGGGAUCUUCCUACCUCCAACCCCCGGGAAUAGGCUGAACAUCUGGUGACAUUACUGCUCUAUUCUGGGACAAGCAGAACCACCCAGCCCUGUCUAUGCAAAUCUCAGUUUCUCUCCCACAGAUACCAGUCUAGUUUCAGUUUCACUGCCGGACUGGGCCAGAUGUGAGUGGGGGGACUAGUUUUACUGUAACCUCUAUGGUGGAUUCAAGGAGGGGACUUUAUUACAAUGAAAUAAAACACCAUGUAAUAGAUGACAUAUAAGAUGGGUAUACUAAAGACAGGCAUUGACAGUUACUGACAUGUGGUCUAAUGUCUGAGAUCCACAUCUUUUUUUUCCUUUUCAUACAGGGGAGAAGUGGGGAUAAAUGUUUCUAAUUUUAAUUUGCAAAUGACUUCUUUAACUGUGUGGGGUUACUUUGUAUAGGUGCACUUACGUGUCAGUACAAAUAGUGAUCAUGAUAAUUUACUCAGCAUAUUGAUGAUGAUGAUGAUGACGAUGACAGAGAACAUGUGAUCUGAAUGAUCACUUUCUAAUCAUAUUGUCACAUGCCAGAGUUGAUGUCUUCUACUGAUCAGUGUUCCAUGUCACUGUCUCUUCCCCCUCAGCACCUGCAUUAGGUCCCAGUUGUAGCAGUACAGUCACUGUGCAGUCUGAUUGAGGGAGGUUUUUGUAUGGCUCUGUAUCACUGUGUGAACACAUAUUACUAUUGGGAUAGUGGGAAACUCUGGCAGUAGUAAUCUCCUGCAUCUUCAGCCUGGACUCCACUGAUGGUCAGAGUGAACUCACUCCCAGAUCCACUGCCACUGAAUCGUAGAUGGAGUCCCCAGACUGAAGGUGUGAGCUUGGUAAAUAAGGAGUUUAUGAGUCCCUCCAGGUUUCUGUUGGUACCAGGCUAGGAUGGUUAUUUGUAUGCAUUACUGCUGGUUUUACACAUUCAGGGAGACUGUCUGUCCUGGGAGAACUACUUUCACACAGGAGGAGUCUGAGUUACAGUGUCUGUCCUCUGGACUCUGGGAAAUUGAGUAAAAAAAAAUGAAUUAUUAAAUACAUAUUACAAUAAAUAGCUCUCAAUAUAUAUAUAAAAGCCAUAUAUAUUAUUCAUGUGUUGUAUCUUGAAUGAUCUUUUCUCAAAUAUAAAAACACAAUCUUAACAUUGUAACCUAGAAAGCAGAAUGCAAGUAUCCAGAUGAAGAUGGUGAUAAAAGUCAUGGUUGUUGGGGUUCUGUUGUCAUGAAGGACAGCUCUCAGUCAUGAAGUGUUAAACUCACAGGGAUAUAAACACUCUCAGACCACUGAAGCAUGUGCACCAAUGCAAAGUGUUCUCUCUAUGCAAAUGACCUCCUGGAGCAAGCAGUAGUAUGCCUCAUUGGAUACACUAGCGCAGAUUCAAUGUUAUUGCAAUGUAGUAGUAGUAGUAGUAGUAGCAGUUAGAAGUGUAGUGUAUCGUAGUAGUAGUAGAAGUAGUAGUAGUGAGUUUGUAGUGCUAUAGUAGUUAGUAGUAGUAGUAGUAGUAGUAGUAGUAGUAGUAGUAGUAGUAGGUUGUUGUUGUAGUGCUAGUAGUAGUAGUAGUAGUAGUAGUAGUAGUAGUAGAAGUAGUAGUAGUAGUAGUAGUAGUAGUAGUAGUAGUAGUAGUUGUUGUUGUUGUAGUGCUAGUAGUAGUAGUAGUAGUAGUAGUAGUAGUAGUAGUAGUAGUUGUAGUGCUAGUAGUAGUAGUAGUAGUAGUAGUAGUAGUAGUAGUAGUAUUGUUGUAGUGUUAGUAGUAGUAGUAGUAGUAGUAGUAGUAGUAGUUGUUGUAGUGCUAGUAGUAGUAGUAGUAGUAGUAGUAGUAGUUGUUGUUGUAGUGCUAGUAGUAGUAGUAGUAGUAGUAGUAGUUGUUGUAGUGCUAGUAGUAGUAGUUGUAGUAGUAGCUGACCCUCUCCUCUCCUUUCCUCUUCUCCUUCCCUCUCCUCUCCCAAUAUAUUCCAUUAUAUAGUAGUGGCAGCUGAUCCUCCUCUCUCCUCUCUCCACUCUCCCCUCCUCCAGCUGGUCCCUCUGUCAGGCCCACAGUGUCUCUGCUCCCCCCGUCCUCUGAGCAGCUCUCCGGCGGCUCGGCCACACUGGCCUGCCUGCUGAGCGGCUACUCCCCCCAGGGGGCGACAGUGAGCUGGGAGGUGGACGGGGCGGAGGUGAAGGAGGGGGUCCUGACCACCACAGAAGAAGAGAAGGACGGCCGCUACAGCCGCAGUAGCACAUUGACCCUGAGCAAUGCACUCUGGGAAGAGGGAGAGGUGUACACCUGCUGGGUCACCCAUGACGACACCAGGGAUUCGGCCGCCCUCCGGAGAAGUCACUGUAGUGUCUAGAGACGGAGAAGAAGCCAUUGUAGGGGUCUAGAGAGUCCCCACGUGGUGCUAGUUCUGGAAACAUUAGUGUUCUUAGAGCUGAAUGUUACAGUAUAAUAGUGAAUAAUAUCAUUAGUGCUCUGUGCUUAAUGAACUAUUUUGAGAUAAGUUGUGCAUGUCUUCUUGCCUCUGAGUUCAAAUAAGCUUUUUUGAUUAGAAAACAACCCCAAGAGUUCAUUUUAUCAUCAUUCCAGUGAUCACUAUCGCAUGAAUAGGCAGAACAUUUCAGACUAAUUUAGAUCAAUCAGCUUCUUUUAUAAUUUCAGCAUUGUAGCAAAUAGCUAAUCUCAUGUUUUCAAACAUAAUUAAAGGGCAUCUGAUCCAACAAAUAAUCUGCAAUCAUUUCUACAACUGAAUAAUCCUGUUAUACUGUAGCAUCAAUACCAGUGAUAAUAAAUAGUGAUAUUUGAUAAUAAACCUCUAAGAUCUGUUCCCAGAACUCACACUGCUAACCUGUAACUUUCCUUAACAUAUAUAUUUAUCAUGUUUAAAUCCUUUUAAGUUUCUUGAAUGGUUUUCUACAAUGUGGGGAUCUUCUCUACCUCCAACCCCCUGGGAAUAGGCUGAACAUCUGGUGACAUUACUGCUCUAUUCUGGGACAAGCAGAACCACCCAGCCCUGUCUAUGCAAAUCUCAGUUUCUCUCCCACAGAUACCAGUCUAGUUUCAGUUUCACUGCCCGGACUGGGCCAGAUGUGAGUGGGGGGACUAGUUUUACUGUAACCUCUAUGGUGGAUUCAAGGAGGGGACUUUAUUACAAUGAAUAAAACACCAUGUAAUAGAUGACAUAUAAGAUGGGUAUUACUAAAGACAGGCAUUGACAGUUACUGACAUGUGGUCUAAUGUCUGAGAUCCACAUCUUUUUCCUUUUCAUACAGGGGAGAAGUGGGGGAUAAAAUGUUUCUAAUUUUAAUUUGCAAAUGACUUCUUUAACUGUGUGGGGUUACUUUGUAUAGGUGCACUUACGUGUCAGUACAAAUAGUGAUCAUGAUAAUUUACUCAGCAUAUUGAUGAUGAUGAUGAUGACGAUGACAGAGAACAUGUGAUCUGAAUGAUCACUUUCUAAUCAUAUUGUCACAUGCCAGAGUUGAUGUCUUCUACUGAUCAGUGUUCCAUGUCACUGUCUCUUCCCCCUCAGCACCUGCAGUAGGUCCCAGUUGUAGCAGUACAGUCACUGUGCAGUCUGAUUGAGGGAGGUUUUUGUAUGGCUCUGUAUCACUGUGUGAACACAUAUUUACUAUUGGGAUAGUGGAAACUCUGGCAGUAGUAAUCUCCUGCAUCUUCAGCCUGGACUCCACUGAUGGUCAGAGUGAAAUCACUCCCAGAUCCACUGCCACUGAAUCUAGAUGGAGUCCCAGACUGAAGGUGUGUAGCUUGGUAAAUAAGGAGUUUAUGAGUCCCUCCAGGUUUCUGUUGGUACCAGGCUAGAUGGUUAUUUGUAUGCAUUACUGCUGGUUUUACAAUUCAGGGAGACUGUCUGUCCUGGGAGAACUACUUUCACAGCAGGAGUCUGAGUUACAGUGAUCUGUCCUCUGGACUCUGGGAAAUUGAGUAAAAAAAAAUGAAUUAUUAAAUACAUAUUACAAUAAAUAGCUCUCAAUAUAUAUAUAAAAGCCAUAUAUAUUAUUCAUGUGUGUAUCUUGAAUGAUCUUUUCUCAAAUAUAAAAACAAAUCUUAACAUUGUAACCUAGAAAGCAGAAUGCAAGUAUCCAGAUGAAGAUGGUGAUAAAAGUCAUGGUUGUUGUGGGUUCUGUUGUCAUGAAGGACAGCUCUCAGUCAUGAAGUGUUAAACUCACAGGGAUAUAAACACUCUCAGACCACUGAAGCAUGUGCAGCCAAUGCAAAGUGUUCUCUCUAUGCAAAUGGACCUCCUGGAGCAAGGCAGAUUAUGUAUGCCUCAUUUGGUAAUAUAUGGGAUAUACACUGAGUGUACAAGACAUGAGGAACGCCUUCCUAAUAUUGAGUUCCACCCCCUUUUGCCAUCAGAGCAGACUCAAUUUGUUGGUUCUUGAACUCUAUAAGGUGUCGAAAGUGUUCCUUCCACAGGGAUGCUGGUCCAUGUUGACUCCAAUGCUUUCCACAGUUGUGUCAAGUUGGCUGGUAGUGGAUCUCUACUCUGAAUUGCUCGUUCCAUCUCAUCUCACAGAUGCUCAUUUUAUUGAGAUCUGGUGACUGGGAAGGCCACUGCAGUAAUCUGAAUUCACUGUCAUGUUCGUGGAACCAUUCCUGGACAAUCCUAGCCUUGUGGCAUGGGGCAUUAUACUGAUGAAAAAAUCAAUUUGCAGAUAGAUACACUUUUGCCAUGAAGGGAUGCACCUGAUUGGCAAUUUAAACGUUGCUCCACUUUUAUCAAGGGGCCCAAUGUGUGCCAUGAAAACACACCCCACACCAUCACACCACCAACGUUGACACACAGCAUUUUGGAUGCAUGCACUCAUGUGGUUUUGUCCAUACCUUGGUCCUCCCAUCAGCGGGAAACAGCAGAAACAGGGAUUCAUCAGAUCAAGCAAUAUUUUUCCUUAGCCCACUGCAAAUUCAGUUUCUUGUUUUUUGUUGAAAGAAGUGGAACUCUGUAAGGAUGUCGGCUGCCAUACCCCAUUCGUGUCAAGGAACGAUGAGUUGUGCAUUCUUUUAUGGGUCUUUGGUCACCAAUGUUGUACUAGUCUGUCAGUUGACUAACUGUAGCUCGUCUGUUGCUCUGCACAAUUCAUGUCAGGCUCCUUUGUCCUCUUUCAUCAAUGACCCGUUUUCGACCACUGGCCUGCCGUUGGCUGAAUGUCCUUUGGGUGGUGGACCAUUCUUGAUACACACAGGAAACUGAUGACUGUGAAAAACCCAGCAGCGUUGCAGUUCUUGACACACAAACCGGUGCGCCUGGCACGUACUACCACACCCCGUUAAAAGGCACUUCAAUAUUUUGUCUUGCCCAUUCACUCUCUGAAUGGCACACAUACACAAUCCAUGUCUUAAUUGUCUCAAGGCUUAAAAAUCCUUCUAUAACCUAUCUCCUCCCCUUCAUCUACACUGAUUGAAGUGGAUUUAUCAAGUGACAUUAGUAAGCGAUCAUAGCUUUCACCUGGAUUCACCUUGUCAGUCUGUCAUGGAAUGUUCCUAAUGUUUUGUGCACUCAGUGUAUAUCAUCCAUUGUGUGACUGUUUUCAUUUUGAGGUGUUGGUCGGUCAAAUAAUAAAGGGAACCUAUGAUACUCUAGACUGUAGUCCUCAACACCAACACUGGUCUAGUCCUCAACACUAUCACUGGUCUAGUCCCAAACACUAUCACUGGUCUAGUCUUGAACACUAUCACUGGUCUAGUCCUGAACAUUGUCACUGGUCUAGUCCUCAACACUGUCACUGGUCUAGUCCUGAACACUAUCACUGGUCUGGUCUUGAACAUUAUCACUGGUCUAGUCCUCAGUACUAUCACUGGUCUAGUCCUUAACACUAUCACUGGUCUUUAACACUAUCACUGGUCUAGUCCUCAAAACUAUCAAUAGUCUAGUCCUGAACACUAUCACUGGUCUAGUCCUUAACACUAUAUAAUAAUAAUAUGCCAUUUAUAAUAAUAAUAUGCCAUUUAGCAGACGCUAUUCUCCAAAGAGACUUACAGUCAUGCGUGCAUAAUUCUUUUUUGUGUAUGGGUGGUCCCGGGGAUUGAACCUACUACCUUGGCAUUACAAGCGCCAUGCUCUACCAGCUGAGCUACAGAGGACCAGACUAUUAUUGGUCUAGUCCUCAACACUAUCACUGGUCUAGUCCUUCUCCUCAGCACCUGCAGCUAAGACUGUCUGAGAGGGCUCUGAAUGGGGAAGGGAAAACUGAAAACUAGCUGUUAUUGGCAGAGGGAUUUGGAACUCUCUUUUUUUUAUUGGUCUAUUAACUAUUUUGCCACAUGUUAACGUCACCAUGGAAAGUCGAAACUCCUUCAAAUGCAAACCUGCUAAUUAGAAGGUCCUAUGUACAGUACAUUAUAUUUUUAGCUAGGAACUAUCAGGAAAUAACACAGAAUAAUUUGUACACGUUUACAGUGUUAGUUUCAUCAGCUGUUGUACAAUAUUAUAUAAAACACAAGAAAAACUGAAUUUUGACUGCACAGAGCCUUUAAUGGAUCACUGCUGGUUUUACAGCAGUGGAGAGUAACUGCAGUAUGUGACCUGAAAGGACAGCUUUCACUGAAGGAUCUGAGUCACAGUGAUCUGCCCUCGGGAUACUGAGAAAAUAAUAACACAUUGUCAAGAUCAGAUUCCAUUUAAGAUCAGUUUUCUAGAACAUAAUAUGCUUUAGAAUUCAACAGCAACUUCAACUUGAAAGCAAAUGAUAAGCAUCAAGAUGAAGGGGUCUAUUCAAUCCGUAUUGCUGAAGUUCAGCGUUACAGCGUGAUUGGAAUUUAAAGGCAAUGUUCCUGUGUUAGCGGAGACUGCAUUCAGAGUAAACGCUGCAUAUGGGGUGGCAGGUAGCCUAGCGGUUAAGAGGUCGCUAGUUCGAAUCCCUGAGCCGACAAGGUCAAAAAUCUGUCGAUGUUCCCUUGAGUAAGGCCCUUAUUGCUCCUGUAAGUCCCUCUGGAUAAGAGCAUCUGCUAAGUGAAGUAAAUGUAAUAUGUCAGCUCAAUCAAAAAUUAUCUUGACGUUUCUAUCCGGCAAUCUGUAACACUUCAACGAUACAACUUUUAUUUCAGAUGAAGGGCUCUAUUCAAUCCGUAUUGCUGAAGUUCAGCGCUAAAGCCCAAUUGAAAUUUAAAGGCUUCAGCGAUACAGAUUGAAUACAGCCCUAACUGUCACUUCACUCAUGCUUGGACUCUUAUGUAAGUUUCUCAAAUCAGUUACUGAACAUUUCUCUAAAAUGUUUGGGUUUGUUUUAUACCUUUCUAUUUUAUAAUAAAACUAUAAUGUUUUUCAUUUAAUCAAAAAACUAUUUCAAAUGAAGAAUAUAACAUUAUAUUUGGCCAGUAUUCAUAUGUGCUCAUGAUUUAAACCACAGUCUAAACAUUUUUAUUAUUCAUCUUGCCCAAUGGUCAGGAGGUUUUUGUACCAUCAGUAAUAGGGAUUGUAUCACUGUGGUACACUUUUGGUAGCGGCACCAGACUAGAUGUUGGAAGUAAGUUUCUUGAUGUUUGUCUGAUUCCAUUUUUUUCUUAAACUCUUUAAUCUCUAUUAAAACAUUUAGAUUUGAGAUACUUUACUUUCCAAAAAUAUUGUUAUAUAUUGAUGUUGAAAGAGCCUUCUUUCAACAGUUUAUUUAAUAAAAAUGUUUAAUUGCGGGCAUUUUUUUGUAUGUUUUAUUUGUAUGAUUGCAGACUAUAUAACUCUUAUUCUGGUAUGAUAACUAUAAUAUUUGUUAUUGUAGUCAUCAGUGCAUUGUGUUCAUGAUAGCCAGAAAGGGUCUCUGUUAUUUGUAUCCAACCUCUUGGAUUCUGCAAAAUACUACAAAUAUGAGUAUUCUGAUGAGAAACGAUCCUAAAAAAAUAUAUGUAUGACAAAUUAAUGCUAAAGUUAAACACGUCAUACUUGUAUGCUUUCUGCUUGUAUACUUUAUACUUGUAAUCUGCUUUCCUAUCAUACUAAUGUUUGUGUUUUCUUCACGUCUUUUAGCAAUCUAAUCUAAGUUUUAGAAGUCAUUUCCAAAGUACUUUGUUUUGAUGUAGUUGAUGUGUUAUGUUUCUUCCAGGUAACAGUUCCCAAACCCGUCCUUCCCCCCUCUAGUGAGGAGCUGUCCAGUAAGUCAACAGUCACACUGACGUGUCUGGCCAACAAGGGCUUCCCCUCAGACUGGACCAUGAGCUGGAAAGUGGACGGGACCAGCAAGAAGCAGGAGGCCAGUCCCGGGGUCCUGGAGAAGGACGGCCUGUACAGCUGGAGCAGCACCCUGACUCUCACUGCCCAGGAGUGGACCAAGGCAGGAGAGGUGACCUGUGAAGCCCAGCAGAAAUCCCAGACUCCAGUCACCAAGACCCUGAGGAGGGCUGACUGUUCUGGGUAGGACCCCUCAGUCACACAGCCCUGUGGAGAGAGGAUGCUGGUUCCUCUGCUUUGACUAGCUUUGUUCUAAAAUCAGUAAUUCACUGAUUUAGAGAUCACCCUUGUGUAGACUAACAGGGGGCUUGGCUUGAAUUCAUGUGUCAAUCCAUUCUGUAGAUUGAGAUUGUGUUAGUUUUAGAUUUGAUGUGAUCUGCUUUUAUUCACUAUCAUGUUUGCUUUGAUGCUUCGAUUGUGUGAUAAUGGAUUAAAAUAAAUAUUUCUUUUUGAAAUGCAUAUUUUUGUUGUUUCUAUUAAUAAACAGUAUCAUAGAUACUGUAUCUUUCUAAUAUUCUGGAAAAAUAUGUAUUCAGUAAGGCUGAUGAAUGGUGUCUUUAAAAACUGUCAAGUCUAAAACUCACUCUAACAUCAUAAUGGACCAGUAUUUAAUACUAUCACAAUAUAAUAUGAUAUAAUAGAAGAGGUUCUGCCAUGGUAGUAGUUGACUGUCUUCAUUCAUCAGGAUACUGAGUCUGUGUCAGACCUGUUUGACUUGACAGACUUUACAGUAAUAAAAGAAGAACUAUCAAACAGUCAACCGAUAUCUUGGACUCUCACGUGUGUUAUAGGCUUUGAUUUGAAGCUAAAAAAAAUAAAAUACAAAUACAAAUAUUACAAGUGGCACUACUUCAAGAUUUAGCAGCGUUUCCCAUACUCGGUCCUCAAGGGGUGCACAUUUAGUUUUUUGUCCUAACACUACACAGCUGUUUCAAAUUAUCAUAACUUGAUGAUUAGUUGAUUAUUUGAAUCAGGUGUGUAGUGCUAGAGCAAAAACCAAAACGUGCACCCCUUGGGGUCCCGAGGACCGAGUUUGGGAAACGCUGCUAUAUAGUGUAGUGACAGUCUUCUCUACCUCCAACACCCUGGGGACAGAGUGAACAUCUGGUGACAGUACUGCUCUAUUCUGGGACAAGCAGAACCACCCAGCCCUGUCUAUGGAAAUCUCAGUUUCACUCCCACAGAUACCAGUCUAGCAGUUGAACAGUUUCACUGCCUGAAAUACCCUGGACUGGGCCAGAUGUGAGGGAGUGGACUGGUUUUACUGUAACCUCUAUAGUGGUUACAGGGAGGGGGACUUUCUUACAAUGAAUAAACCACCAUUUAAUAGAUGACAUAAAAUAUGGGUAUUACUAAAUAUAGGCAUUGGCAGUUACUGACAUCACAUUCUAAUUCCUAAUUAUAUGGUUACGGAGAUGUUUGUAAUGUCUGAGCUCAAAAUCUUUUUCCUCAAAGCAGAGGGCAAGUGUCCAGAUGAGGAUGGUGAUAAAAGUCAUGUUUUUGUGGGUUCUGUUGUCAUGAAGGACAGCUCUCAGUCAUGAAGUGUUCAACUCACAGGGAUAUAAACACUCCCAGACCUCUGAAGCAUGUGCUGGCAAUGCAAAGUGUUCUCUCUAACCAAACAGACUUUCAUGGUCCCACAGAGAAACUGUAGUUGAAGAGAUCUUCUUCUUUGGGAUAAUAGUGUUCGCAACAAUUAUGUGUAUUCCGCCACCUACUGUACAUGUGGAUAAUAAGGAUCCAAAAAGGAAAAAAAUGUGGGGUAAAAAAUAAAUAAAUACAUAUAUUUUUUAAAAUCCAUACAAACUAUUUGUAAUGAAAUGUUAAUUAAACUAAAUCAAAACGAAAUGUGUUUUAAUCAGGUCCCUACACAGGCUCAGAAGGAUCCUGUGAUGGCGGGACAUUUCCUGGCGACAAUAGUCCUUGCAGUGCUUCUGCUGUUUAAGUCUUCUCAUUUACAUUUACAUUUACAUUUACGUCAUUUAGCAGACGCUCUUAUCCAGAGCGACUGGAUUGGUGCAAAUUGGUGCAUUCACCUUAUAGCCAGUGGGAUAACCACAUAGCCAGUGGGAUAACCACUCGGCUGCAGAUAUAAUGAUGUCCAGCUUCUUAGACACUUGUGCAGUACAAUUAAUAACUGUGGCUAUAAAUGCUACAAAAUACACCUUUUUCACAAUAAGUGUAUCCAGAUUACUUGAUUGAAGUAUAACAUUUGCAACUGGUUGUGGUGCAUCCACCACCAUAUCUUCUUCAGAACUGAGGCCUCUUGCCCCUUCAAUGCUCUUCACCACCUCCACAUAGGAGAUUUGCUGUACAGCCCUGAUCCUUGACACCUCAACCUCUUUCACCCUAACAGAACACUCAGGGUAUUCAGAAUUAUGAUCCCCGCCACAGUUGAAACAUUUUACAUUCACAGACUCUUCAAUAACAUAUUCCUUCCAUCUGCAAACACUUGACACAUGGCCAAACGUUUUACACUUUUUGCAUUGCUUCGGGUUUUGCACGAAUGCUCUUACAGCGUAUCUUAUAUCCCAACUUUACAUAGGGUGGUAAAUACUCAUCAAACAUCAAUAAUACAGAUAAACUUUGCUCCUUUUUCCCAUUCUCCAUACGGGUCAAGCAACGUGCAUUAACUACUCCUGGAAUUUUUUGCCUAAGAUAUUGAUUAUCAAUGUCCAACGGGACGCCAGAAAUAACACCUUUUACCGGUUUCCUGCUCCGAAAACCAAAGCUGUUCAUUUCAUGCGUUGAUAUUUUCGCGAGCUACAAUGCACAUUCCUUUUGCUCUUUAGAUACACACCAUAUCAACACCAUACCACUCCUGGUUACUAUGAUAUCAACACCAUACCACUCCUGGUUACUAUGAUAUCAACACCAUACCACUCCUGAUUACUAUGAUAUCAACACCAUACCACUCCUGGUUACUAUGAUAUCAACACCAUACCACUCCUGGUUACUAUGAUAUCAACACCAUACCACUCCUGGUUACUAUGAUAUCAACACCAUACCACUCCUGAUUACUAUGAUAACAACACCAUACCACUCCUGGUUACUAUGAUAUCAACACCAUACCACUCCUGAUUACUAUGAUAUCAACACCAUACCACUCCUGGUUACUAUGAUAUCAACACCAUACCACUCCUGGUUACUAUGAUAUCAACACCAUACCACUCCUGGUUACUAUGAUAUCAACACCAUACCAAUCCUGGUUACUUUGACUGCAUCCACAUUUCCCAAUGCCUUCUUCACCAUCCUCUGACUUCAAAAGGGUUUCCCAAAUAAACAUCUUUAUCCAAAAAAUGUACUCCAACAAGGAACUGUCACACCCUGACGUAUGAAACUCUAGUAUGUUGAGUCAGGGUGUGGAGUUCUAUGUUGUAUUUUCUAUGUUCUCAGUCUAGGUUGUGUAUUUCUAUGUUUGGCCGGGUGUGAUUCCCAAUCAGAGACAGCUGUCGCUCGUUGGCUCUGAUUGGGGAUCAUACUUAGGCAGCCUGUUUACAAUCGUUAGUUGUGGGAUCUUGAUCUGUGUUAGAGGCUUGUUUUAUGUUUAGCCUUAGGACUUCACGUUACGUUGGUUUGUUGUUUUGUUCGUCUGUUUAUCGGUGAAAUAAACAUGUAUGCCUUUCACGCUGUGCCUUGGUCUGACCCGUCCUUAAACGAACGUGACAGGAACGAUUCAUCAGACUCAUUUUCCACAACAAUUUUAGCCCUUUCUGUUCCAUUCUUGGACUUCACUAUUGUCCACUCAUCUUUCUCACUAACUGUACUCAACGCGCUUUCAGCUUCAAACAACACUACUUCUUCUUCCACCAUCUCUCCCCUCGUUGAAGAGAUGUGUGAGCAGCUGACCUUUAAAAAGGUUGAGAGCUGAUUGUCAAGCCAAUCAUGGCCUUGAUUGGUAAAUGAGCCUCAGCUGGAAUCAAUUAAAGACUGUGAAGGUGCUGGAAGAUAGCAGGGCGUGGCAGGAAUGAGGUGUUGUACUAACGAUCAGGUGUUUAAGAAAUAUAUAAUUGAUUUAGAGAUUAAACCUGAUGUGGCUUAGACCACAUCUUGAUUUGAUUAUUCCUGGUUAUUGUUCAAUCAGAUCCGAUAGAUCAACUGGACAGGGUGGUAUUUGUACUAUGUUCAUAAGAGAAGAUCUUGUAUAUCGUAAUAUACCUGUCCCAUCUGAAUAUGAAUGUGUGAUGGUGGAAAUAUACAUUGCAGGUAGUAAUAUUAAGUUGCACAAUUUUUACAACUGUCUGUAGCGAUGUUUGAUGAAAUAUCAGGAGAAAUGGGCUCUAGAGAGAUAUGGUGCGCAACUUUUAAUGCACAUAAUAGUUUAUGGGGAAGCACACAUACUGAUGCUGAUGGUACUAUUGUGGAAGAUAUGAUGGAAACAAGAGCAUAUGUCUUAACGAUGGAUGUAGUACAAGAGUUUAUGUUGUUAGAGGGGUUACAUCCUGCCUGGACCUCGCUGGCUUAUAACUCUAUUGCAUCUAUGUGUGAAUGGAAUGGAUGAUUCUACUGUUGGAAGUGGUAAUUUCCCAAUUUCGUGUACCAUGAACUUUGAUGUUACUACUCCAGAUAGGGUACCGUUCAGAUGAUGGUGCUUUCAUAAUGCAGACUGGGAAAAUUUGGUGAUCAUUGCUUAAAUGUUGGACAGUUGUCUUUAGAGAGGCUGGUUGAUGCAUGUGCUUUCUCUGUGACAUCACUGAUUUUGAGUGCUACAAAUGUGUAUGUACCAGAGAGUGAAGUGGGUGAGAAAAGGAAGGUGUUUCCAUGGUGGACUGAAGAGUGCACUGCGGCUAUUAGAGAAAGAAAUAGGGCUUACAGAGUGUUGCGUAGGAAUAUGACUCCUGAGAAUCUAAUUGAUUUCCAAAGGAAGAGAGCUUUAGUACGUAGGGUCAUUAAGUCUGUCAAGAGAAAUGCAUGGAGGCAGUUCUGCUCUACAAUAGGCAGGGGUACUGAGCUGGGGGAUGUAUGGUCUAUGUUGAAGAAGAUGACCGGAAGAAGCAAGUCCACUCGAAUUCCAGUUUUGGUUGUGGGUCAAAAAAUGAUAAAGAAAAAGCUGACUUGUUAGGGAAGACAUUUACUAGUGUACAUAGUGGGGUUACUUUGGAUGAAGUAUAAAAGCAACGUAGGUGUGAGAUUUGAAAUGCUCAUGUUAAUGUGUAUAAGAAAGGGAUACUGUUGACUCUUCUUUGGAUGCUGAUUUUACCAUACAUGACAUGCGUUCAGCCUUAAUAGGCUGUGGAUAUACAACCCCAGGUCAUGAUCGGGCUCCUGAGUGGCGCAGUGGUCUAAGGCACUGCAUCGCAGUGCUAACUGUGCCACUAGAGAUCCUGGUUCGAAUCCAGGCUCUGUCGCAGCCGGCCGCGACCGGGAGACUCAUGGGUGGCGCACAAUUGGCCCAGCGUUGUCCAGGGUAGGGGAGGGAAUGGCCGGCAGGGAUGUAGCUCAGUUGAUAGAGCAUGGCGUUUGCAACGCCAGGGUUGUGGGUUCGAUUCCCACGGGGGGCCAGUAUAAAAAAAUAUGUAUUCACUAACUGUAAGUCGCUCUGGAUAAGAGCGUCUGCUAAAUGACUAAAAUGUAAAUGUAAAUGAUCAGUUGUGCUUUGUAAUGUUUAAGCAUACACCUGAUGAGGUAAUGCAGUGUAUCUGUUUACUGCAUGUCUUUGUAGAAUUAGGGGCAGUUUGCCAGACACAUUAAGCUUAGUCCUGCACUGAAAAGCAAACUCAAUUGGAUAAUCUUCAUUGAAAGAGCUUUUAGUCUAGGACAAUGCUUCAUCUGUGUCCAGUAAACCCCCUCCUAGUGUUUUGUUGCUCUUGUUGUGCUAAACUGUAGAGCAUGAAUGUAACAUACAUUUAUCUGAUGAAUUGUUUUGUCUAGAAUUGUUUUCAGAGUUUAUUUUUGCCUUUAUCUUUAUAGAUGAAGUGUUUUGUUGUUGUCGGUUGUUCUCAGUACUGUAGCUAGUUGUUUAUCCUGUGUGUAUUCUCUCCUCUCCUCUCCUCUCCUCUCCUCUCCUCUCCUCUCCUCUCCCUCCUCUCCUCUCCUCUCCUCUCCUCUCCUCUCCUCUCCUCUCCUCUCCUCUCCUCUCCUCUCCUCUCCUCUCCUAAUAUAUUCCAUUCUACAAUAGUAGUAGUAGCUGACUCUCCUCUAUCAUCUCUCCUCUUCUCCAGCUCUUCCCUCUGUCAGGCACACAGUGUCUCUGCUCCCUCCUGUCCUCUGAGUAACUCUCUGGGUGCUCGGCCAAACUGGCCUGCCUGCUGAGUGUCUACUCCCCCCAGGGGGCGAUGGUGAGCUGGGAGGUGGACGGGGCAGAGGUCAAGGAUGGGGUCCUGACCACCACAGAAGAAGAGAAGGGUGGCCACUUCAGCCGCAGUAGCACCCUGACCCUGAGCAAGGCACGCUGGGAAGAUGGAGAGGUGUACACCUGCACGACGAUGACACCAGUGAUUCAGCCGCCUUCAGGAAAAGUGUGUCUAGAGACCGGAGAAGCAAUUGUAGGGUUCUAGAGAAUCCCCACAUGGUGCUAGUUCUGGAAACAUUAGUAUUUUAGAGCUGAAUGUUACAGUAUAAUAGUGAAUAAUAUCAGUAGUACUGUGUGCUAAAUGAAGUAUUUUGAGAUUAUGUUGUACAUGUCUUCUUGCCUCUGAGUUCAUAUAAAGCUUGUUUUGAUUAGAAAAUAACCCAAUAA